GAAGUGAGAUCAGAAGCUGUGCAGAUGUGCCCCCGCUAUCCUGAACCAGUACCACUGGACCACCCAAUCCCCAUUCUAAAGGACGCAUUGGAAAAGGUAGAUAUGAUGCUGCGCCAAAAGAUUCAUAGCUCUGGUCUCCCUGCAAUGUCUGCCAUUGUUAUCUUCAAUGACACCGUGCUCUGGACAGGCAACUUUGGGAAGAAGAAUGGUUCGGAGCCCUCUUCAGUGGUUCCAAAUGAGUACACUGUUUACAGAAUUGCCAGUGUCUCCAAGAUCUUUCCCACCAUUAUGUUGUACAAGAUGUGGGAGGAAGGAAAAGUCAUAUCUCUUGAUGACCCAUUGGAACGUUAUGCCCAGAACUUUGUUAUUAAGAACCCUCUGGGAAGGCUCAAGGAAUCACAACAGAGACACACAGCAGAUGGGCUGAUUUAUUCAGAAAAAGGCUCAAUGCCACUUAAGACAUCACCUGUUACCUUACGCAGAAUGGCCAGCCAGCUCUCAGGUCUGCCCAGGAGGCUGCGAUCUACCAGCCUGCUGUGGAAGGGCAACACGCAAGAUGCUCUAGCUCUCUUGAAAGAUGAUGUCUUGGUCGCUGAUCCUGGAACCAGAUGCCACUACAGCAAUUUGGCCUUCUCACUGAUGGCUCAUGUGCUAGCUGAGCAUGCAGCUGAGGGGCAAUACCAGCGCUGGAUCUCAGAGAACAUCCUGGACCGCUUGGGCAUGGAGGACACUGGCUUCGACAUCACACCACCAAUCCGCUCUCAGAUGGCUGUGGGUUUCUAUGGCAGCCAGCAGCCAGCCCCUCUCUAUGACCUUGGCUGGUACAGGCCUUCUGGCCAGAUGUACUCCACAGCUGCUGACCUUGCCAAGCUGGCAAUGGUCUUCUUAGGCACUUACCACCGUCGUCUCCUAGAGCCUGACACAGUGAAGACAAUGCUGACCCCUCUGUUUAAGUGUUCUACUGAAUACUUUGCUAACAAGACUGGCACGCCCUGGGAGAUAAACGAGCAGUUGGGAUAUGAUAUCAUUAGGAAGGAUGGAGACCUUGAUGGUUAUUCAGCUACUUUCUCCCUUAUCCCCAAGCUUCGCCUGAGCUUCAUUGUACUGAUGGCAGGGCCCAGGCCUCAGGGUGGAGAUAUUGUGACUCAGACAUAUGAGUACCUUAUUCCUGCCAUGGAGACGGCAUUCAGAGAGGCAGAGAAAAGCUUGAUUCCUCCUCCAAGUCCAGGCCCUUAUGUUGGCUACUAUACCUAUUCCAAUCUGACUUUCUACGAGAUCAAAGUUGGACCUGGUGGGGUGCUGGUCAUGCAGCAGUUUGGGCCUCAUGUGGAAGAGCUGAUUCCUGAAAAAUACCGAACAAUCAAGCUCCACCACCUGGAAGAUCGCGUUUUCCAAGUUGUUUUUGACAAGGAGUUCCCAUGUGUUCUGCACCUGGGCUCUGCAUCUAUUUCACUGGAGACCCAAAAUGGGCAGCUCUUUAACUUUUAUCCAUUUGAUCACAAGGGUUUGUCUCCUGGCUUUGAUGCACCAGGGCUGAACACAUACAAUGUGGUGCGUGUACUUCAUAAACCCGCAUUCUAUAGCUAA